GAGCGUCCCUCCGGUGAGCCCUCCCUCGCGGUUCGCGCGGUUCCCGCGGCUCGCUGGAGCGGAACCUGGGGCGCACCAUGGCGGCGAGUAGUGCGCAGGCUCCUAGCUGUGAGCAAGCCUGGCUUGAGGCUGCGCAGGCCUUCAUCCAAGAGACCCUGUGUCCACCUGGCAAGGGGCCUGAUGUCCAGUUGACUCACUUGGUAAUUGACUGUGUGAAGACUAUCUGGUUGUCCCAGGGAAGGAGCCAGGGUUUUACGCUGCCCCUCAGCUACAGCUUUGCCUCAGUACAGGACCUCAGGACCCGCCAACGUCUCCCGUGCUGCAGCCACCUGUCCUGGAGCAGUACUGCAUACCAGGCUUGGGCCCAAGAGGCUGGACCAAGUGGGGUCCCCCUGCCCCGGGAACGGCUGAUACUUGUAGGGACACUAACAGACCUACCAGGGGAUUUGGAACAAGAGUGCAGGAAUGGAAACCUCUAUGUGAGAGAUAACACUGGUAUUCUGGGCUGUGAGCUCAUAGAUCUGGACCUUUCUUGGUUGGGCCAUCUCUUUCUGUUCCCCAGUUGGAGUUACCUCCCUCCUGCCAGGUGGAGUUCCUCAGGGGAAGGGCAUUUGGAGCUCUGGGGUGUCCCCGUGCCAGUGUUUCCCUUGACCAUCAGUCCUGGUCCUCUCACCCCUAUCCCUGUUCUCUACCCAGAAACUGCUUCCUGCCUGCUCAGGCACAGAAGCAAGCUCGGAGUUGGACCAAAAAACCUGGCUGGGAAGCUCAUUCGAUUGAGUGCUCUGGUGAAAAGUCAAAAGAAAGCUUACUUCAUCCUGACUCUUGGAGGAUCAUCCCCAGCUGGUGGCCAAGCUGGCAGCCAUGUGUCUGUCAUCGUACAGGUCCCUGCCCAGCUGGUGUGGCACCGAGCCCUUUGGCCUAGUAGGGCCUAUGUACUGACAGAGCUGCGAGUAUCCAAGAUCCGUGGUCAUCGUUACUAUGUUUGGACGACCAGUCCCUCCUCCCAUCUCUUGCCACUGAAACCAGAGUGUGUGCGAGAGCUGGAACUGGAGCUGGAGCUGGAUGGACCCCUCUUAGAGGCUGACCGCUCCAAGAGUGACCCCAAGCCACUCCCCAGGCCCAGCAACUCCCAAGACAAGAAGGAUCAAAAAGGUCUUGUCCGGGACUCCAGACUCUUAUCAUACACGGGAACGGUCACUGGCGUGCUGAAUCAGUCUGCUGGCCUCUAUGAGCUGGAUGGGCAGCUGGGGCUCUGCUUCGCCUACCAGCAAUUCCAUGGCCUUAGGCAGGUGGUGCGACCAGGAGUCAGUCUGGAGCUCCAGGAUGUUCACCUCCUCCAGUCUGUGGGAGGAGGGACAAGAAGGCCAGUGCUAGCCCCCUGCCUCCGUGGUGCUGUUCUCCUUCGGGGCUUUUCUCGUCAGAAGCCUGAGACUCAGUCUUCCCACCAAGCCCAGGGGGCCUCCCUGUAUGAGCAGCUGGUAUGGGAACAUCAGUUAGGACUUCCAGUCUACCUGUGGGCUACCAAGGCCCUGGAGGACUUGGCCCGCAAGCUGUGUCCCCAUGUGCUCAGACACCACCAGUUCCUGCAGCGUUCCUCUCCUGGGAACCCCAGCCUAGGGCUACAACUCUUGACUCCUACCUUGGAUGUUCUGGCUCCAUCUUGCUGCCCCAGUCGGAAUUCACACAAUGAGAUCCUUGAAGAGCCACAUCACUGUCCACUCCAGCAGUAUGCUCGACUGCAGACUCCCUGCUGCUUCCCUACUCUGACCACCCUGAAAGAGGAAGGGCAGCACAGGGCCUGGGCCUCCUUUGACCCUAAGACCCUUCUACCCCUCCCAGAGGCUUCUCACUUGCCCAGUUGCCAGCUUAAUCAGCGCCUGGCCUGGUCCUGGCUCUGUCUGCUGCCCUCUGCCUUCCACCCAGCCCCGGUUUUACUUGGGGUUCUGGUGGCUUCAUCUCGUAAAGGUUGUCUGCAACUUCGAGACCAAAGUGGUUCCCUCCCCUGCCUCCUUCUGGCCAAGCACUCACAACCCCUCGCUGACCCCCAGCUCAUAGGCUGCCUGGUGCGGGUAGAGAGGUUCCAGUUGGUUGUAGAGAGGAAUGUCAGAAGCACCUUCCCUUCCUGGAAGGAACUGAGCAUGGCAGGCUUCAUCCAGAAGCAGCAGGCCAGAGUCUAUGUCCAGUUCUUUCUGGCCGAUGCCCUGAUCCUGCCUGUACCCAGACCCUUCCUUCACUCAGCCACCUCCUCAACACCUCCUAAGACAGUGCCUACCCUCCCAGGGGGUCCCCACGUGGAACAGAGCCGGCUAUUCUUGUUGUCCCACAAGGAGGCACUGAUGAAGAGGAACUUUUUUGUCCCCCCGGGUGCCAGUCUGGAAGUGCCCAAGCCCACCCUCAGUUUCCAUGUAUCAGGGAACUGGCUUGGGGGCACCCAGAGGAAGGAGGGGACUGGAUGGGGCUCAUUUGAGCCCAAGGGAAAUGAGAACAAAGAUCAGAAGGUUCUCCUCAUCUUCCUUGGCUCCUCAGUUCGCUGGUUUGAGUUCUUGCACCCAGGGCAAGUGUACCGACUCGUGGCUUCUGGCCCUCCCACGCCAAUGUUGUUUGAGGAGGGAGGUUCAUCCUGCAUAUCGCAGCGUCCUCUGGAGUUGGCAGGCUAUGCCUCCUGCCUCACUGUUCAGGAUGAGUGGACCGUGGAACUUGCAAGCUCCCAGGACAUCCCAGGUGUGCUGGACAUCAACAAGGCGCUGCCUGAAUCCUCGCUGACCGACCUACUCAGUGCCAACUUCACCGAUUCCUUGGUGUCUUUCUCAGCUGAGAUUUUGUCACGCACACCGUGUGAGCCACUUUCGGCCCUUCUCUGGACGAAGCCUGGGAGCACUGGGGCAGUGAGAGGGUGUGUGAAGCUAACCGUGGCUCUGGAGACUGCUGGCUAUGAAUUCCCCCCUCACUUGGACAUAUAUAUCGAAGACCCACACUUGCCUCCCCCACUAGGACUUCUUCCGGGAGCCCGAGUCUAUUUUAACCAGCUAGAGAAACGGGUUUCCAGAUCCCACAAUGUUUAUUGUUGUUUCCGGUCAUCUACUUAUGUGCAGGUCCUGAGUUUUCCCCCGGAUACCACAAUCAGUGCUCCCCUGCCCCACAUCUACCUGGCUGAACUUCUUCAGGGUGGCCAGGCCCCAUUCCGGGCCUCUGCUUCUUGCCAUAUCGUUUCUGUCUUCAGCCUUCAGCUCUUCUGGGUGUGUGCUCAUUGUACCAGCCUCUGCCCCCAGGGACGGUGUACUCGUCAGGGCCCCACUUGCUCCGCUCAGACAUCUAUAAGCCAGGCCAGUAUCAGCUUCCUGGUGGAGGAUGGGACUGCCGAAGCUGUGGUUGCCUGUAGGAAUCAUCAAGUGGCAGCAGCACUAGGGCUGUGUCCUAGUGAGUGGACCUCUCUCCUAGAGUUUGUCCAAGGACCAGGGAGAGUGGCUUUGCAAUUUACAGGGCCUGGAGCCCACCUUGAGUCCUCAGCCAAGAUUGAUGAGCCCUUGACCCUCUUCCUCCGGACACUUUGUACCAGCCCCUCUGUCCUCCGCCCUAUUGUGCUUUCUUUUGAGCUUGAGAGGAAACCCUCCAAGAUCAUCCCAUUAGAACCUCCUCAGCUACAGCGAUUCCAGUGUGGGGAGCUCCCUUUCCUGACUCGUGUGAAUCCCAGGAUCCGACUGUCAUGCCUCUCUAUCCAGGAGCCUGAGCACCCCAGCUCCGUGGAGGCCUUUGUUUCCUCUUGCUAACCUGAAGUACAACAAGGACCUGAAAGGUCUCCCUGCCCUGCUGGAAACCUUGAAGCCUGGGCUCCAGCUCUUCCCCCUUGUCGUAGCCCUAACCGUAUCUGUGAUUGAACCAGGACGCCAGAUCCCUGGAUUCACAAACUACUACCCUAUUAUAAUUUCUCCAUAUUCUGGUGCCUUGGGGAAAUUGUGGAAACAGGCAAAUCAUGGUGCCAUUGAUAUUCCCUCUCUGGUUGGGGUCAAGGCACCUGUACUCACAGGUGGUCCUGAGAAUCUAGAUUCUGCCUUUGUGGCAGGGGCCAGAGGAACAAAAGACUUGCCCCUUGUGGGGGUGCUUGUGCUAGGCCCCUUGGUCUGUAAUAAAGCUCUGGUGAUGUUU